AUGGCAUUCGCAGCCGCGCCAACGGGUGCGCCAGACCGCCAACGCUCGCCCGUCGGCCUCACCCUCAACCUCUCCUCCAACAACCCUUUCCGCAACCGCACCACCUCGCCUUCACCGCGCAACAGCCCCUUUCUCGAGUCGCCUGCGAAACCACCGCGCCCAGUCUCCACCAAUCCAUUCCUCGACGACAGCGAAAUGACCUUUGGUCCGACCAACCCACGUGCUAACAACAACACAACGGCACUGCCAGAAGAUCUGUUUAACGAACUGUCUCUGCUCGAGCGACCAGUGUCCAACGGAGCAACAACCACUUCCAACGGAGGCCCCCACCGUGCAGGUACUCUCCCACCACAGGCAAACCGUCCCCAGGGCCCAGACCCACGUCGAGCACCACCACGUCCACCGCGUGGUCCACCGAGCCCCGUUAAGCGCGAGUUCAACCCACCCCCACAAAAGCAACGCCGAGCUUCAGAGUCCUCAGUCAUGGAGAAGGAUAGGCGUCCACGCGUGGAGCGUGAUAGAGGGGAGCGUCCAGAGCGGACGGAGUCUGAGGAGAGACGUCGGCGUGAGAGGAGACGCGAGCGUGAGGAGCGUCAUCGCAGAGAGAAGGAAAAGGUUAGGAAUGGCGAGAAGCGACCACGCAAGCCGCAAGGUCUGGACAUUAUCGACAAGCUGGACGUGACGGGCAUAUACGGUCAAGGACUAUUCCACCACGAUGGCCCGUUCGAUGCCUGCAACCCACAUCGCAAUGUGAGGAAGGAUCGCAAAGCACCAAUGCAGGCAUUCCCAGCAGAUUCGGCCAACAUGCAACUCGGCGGUGCUGGCCCAUUGCGAUCAAGACUGGAUCUGGACAAGUUCCACGGUCGUGGUGAGGAGGGAUUUUCAGAGUAUGCCGCGACGAGAAAGGCCGACACGAACAUCGUCGAUCCUCUGCAGCGUGCUGAGCCUGUACAUGGUGAGGAGACAUACGGCUUGGGUACUUCCACAUUCCUCGAAGGUGCACCUGCUAGCAAGAAUGCACUGCAACGUCGAGACUCUGAGGACCCGGCCUUGGGCAAUGGUGUUGGAGGUGGAUUGUCACGCAAGAAGUCGCUUGCUCAGCGUUUCCGCGGCAUGUCCAACUCGCGACGAAACGGACCACCAGAUUACAGGAGCCCUGAGGCGCGGUAUGCAGAUGACUUGGAAAGCCCACAGGCACAGAUCAAAUCAGUCAGUGCCGGUGGACCAGUCCAAGCCAAGUACAGAAAGGAAGACGAGAUCAAUCCAUUCGACAACGACUACGAAGCAGCUUUCGAGAAGAAGGGAACACAGAUUAGAAUCGCAGAGCAGGAGAAGCCAUACCCUGGCAGAGCCCGAGCACCCAGCAACCCACAGCAGGGGGUGGCACUUACCAGAAGUAGGACUUCUGACGGCAACGUUCCAACCCAUGGUCGUGGUAGCAGCAACGAGGAAGACCGCCCCAGUGGUAGUGGUGGAGGCUUCUUGAACAGGAUGAGGUCACUCAAGGGCGGUCCACGUCGCAAGAAUGAUGCAUAG